GGUGGAUACAUUUUGUCAUAGUAAUGUCUUGUUAUGAUAUGAAAUCAAUUUGUUAUGAUAUGAAAUCAUAUUCAGUACACAUCGCCAAUUUAAACUAAGCAAGAUAGAGGACACCUUUUACAUGUUUUGAGAACUGAGCAAACAGACAACAUAGCACUUCAUUUUCGCUAUCAAGACUUACUUUGAGAAUUGAUGGGACGUACAAAGGUACAAGUGCGGAUAACAUGAAAGUUGUACUGUACACCGGCUUAUUCCUUAUUCUUUCUGUAUCAACUAUUGUUACGAAAACACAACCGAGGCGGUUGUUUAAGCACGUGGUUCACAUUGGGAUAGAUGGUCUAAAACCUGACUGCAUCGCCAACGCUACGGGUGGAGCAUCUAACAUACGGAAACUCGGCGAAGGUGGCUCCUGGACCCAUACGAAAGCCCGAACUGUGAUCCAGACUGUCAGUGGACCUUCGUGGACAGCGGCCUUAUGUAGUUUAGGUCCGCGGAUGAGUGGAGUCAGGAAUAACCAGUGGAAGGUGCCUUGGAUUAAAUCAAACAACUUCACUCCCCAAAUCCCUCCAAUAACAGGAGUAAACCAACCAUUUCCGUGUAUAUUUGAAAUACUGAAGAAACAGGAUAGUGACUUUCAAACUGCCUACUUCUUUAAUUGGGAUUGGUUACAAAACCUGGGCAACAAAGGAAUACCUGGUGGCUAUAUUGAUUAUGAAGUUGAUGUCGGGCACUUCGGUAAGACACCAGAAGAUUUCAAAACAGUAGAUGAAUAUGUCGCAGGAAACGCUACUAAGUACAUUAAGGAUACUCUCAAGCCAAAGCUAAAAAGUUAUUCCUUCAUUCAUCUUGUUUAUGUUGAUGAGAUCGGACAUUUAUUUGGCUGGUGCAGUCAAGAAUAUGAAAAUGCCGUAGGAGUCAUAGAUAACCUUGUUGGAGAUAUCAUUGGAGCUAUUGAAACAAUCCCUGAACUUAAAGAUGACACUCUGAUAAUCGUUCAUUCGGAUCACGGUGCAAUAUUCAACGACACACGCCAUGCUUUCAAGGAGUCGAUUGAAGGAUUGCUUAUCCCUGUAUAUCUAAAAGGAACUGGAAUAAAAAAGGGAUAUGAGAUACAGGCUGAUAUUGUGAUUGAAGACAUGGCGCCAACUAUAAUGUUUGGACUAGGGUUCAACCCACACAAGGUUUGGACAGGAGCGCCAAUAAAAGAGGUUUUUGACACUGAGGAAAUAAACGCGUGUUCUGACUGUGGCCACCCUGUAUGUGAAGGCAUAGUUGUAUUGUUCAUAAACGCAUUUAUUUUACUAAAAAACUACAUUAAUUCAAAUUAAACAUUUUAGCUUGAUUUACACUACCACUGGUACUGCACUCUUCA